UCAGCCAGAUGAACCUAGAAUCAAGCUCAAACAAUCAGCUGGACAGGGGAAGUCAGAGUGAUCGAAGGUCAGACACAUAUGGUUGGAAUCACAGUAUACGGGACACAGCUGUAGUCAAUCACAAAGCCAGCCCGAGAGAAUCAGCCAGGCCGGCAGACAGAGUCAAACCCACAGACAGAGUCUGAGUCCAUUGGCUAUGUACAUUCACACACACAUGGUCAGCAGCAGAAUAAACCGGACGUAAAGAGUCAGCCUCCAGCCAGAAGCAGCCAGAAUAAGUCACAAAAUCAGCACACGGUCGACUGGACUCCUGUGGUCAAAGCAACAGUCACGCAGAGGAAUCAGGCUGACCCAAGUGACCUGCCCAGCAGUCUCAAACUGGAACACCUGGAAGUCAGCUGCACAAACAGCGCUGAAGAUACCGACCGGGCCUCGCAGGCAGAGUCAAGGAGCUGCUGGCCAGCCAAGGGGUGUUGCUCACUCACCCCUCGGGGUCCAUGUACAGGAAGGUGCCGAUAACCAGGGGGAGCUCAGAUUUGAUGAUGAACAGGUCCCGGCACGCCGGAGCCUGGGCGGUCCACGAUGGCGAGUUUGCCACGCUGCGACAGCUCAUAGGCUUGUCCCCCGGGCAUUCUGGUGGAUUACGAACGCAAACUGAAGCUCUACGACUUGUCGCCCGUUUGCGCUCUCGCCGAGGCACAGGCUGCUCGCAAACCACCCUGCUCCGAAAACUAAGAGGUAGGUGGUAGCCCACUCAUCUGGUUACUGAUACUGGCCGGCAUCAGCUGACUGUCGGCAGGUCCUUGGGCAACUGGUGUGUGAAAUGGGACGGACGUCGAAGGACAAGCGGGAUGUCUACUACCGCCUGGCUAAGGAGAAUGGCUGGCGUGCUCGCAGCGCCUUCAAACUGCUACAGCUGGAUAAGGAAUUCCAACUCUUCCAAGGCGUGACACGGGCAGUUGACCUGUGUGCAGCCCCGGGCAGCUGGAGCCAGGUGCUGAGCCAGAAGAUUGGGGGCCAAGGGUCCGGCCACGUGGUGGCUGUGGACCUGCAGGCUAUGGCUCCACUACCAGGUGUGGUACAGAUCCAGGGGGACAUCACCCAGCUGUCCACUGCCAAGGAGAUCAUCCAGCACUUUAAGGGCUGCCCUGCGGACCUAGUGGUGUGUGACGGGGCUCCUGAUGUAACCGGCCUCCAUGAUGUUGAUGAGUAUAUGCAGGCCCAGCUUCUCCUAGCUGCUCUGAACAUUGCUACACAUGUCCUGAAGCCAGGGGGCUGCUUUGUGGCCAAGAUAUUCCGAGGCCGGGAUGUGACGCUCCUCUACAGCCAGCUGCGGGUCUUCUUCUCCAGCGUGCUGUGUGCCAAGCCCAGGAGCAGCCGGAACUCCAGCAUCGCAGAGGCCUUCGCUGUCUGUCAGGGCUAUGACCCUCCCGAGGGCUUCAUCCCGGACCUGAGCAAACCCCUGCUGGACCAUUCUUACGACCCAGAUUUCAACCAGCUGGAUGGUCCCACCCGCAUCAUUGUACCUUUUGUGACUUGUGGGGACCUGAGCUCCUAUGAUUCGGACCGCAGUUACCCACUGGACCUAGAGGACGGCUCAAAGUACAAGUACACUCCACCCACACAGCCCCCCAUCUCGCCACCAUACCAGGAGGCCUGCACGUUGAAGAAGAAGGGGCAGCUGGCCAAGGAGAUCCGCCCCCAGGACUGCCCCAUCAGCAGAGUAGACACGCUUCCCCAGCCCCUGGUCGCCCCUCAGCGCCACAGCCUGCUGGCCCCUGAGAUGGAAGACAAUGAAAUGAGUUGUUCACCUUAACCCAUUACGCUGGCAAGCUGAUACAACUCAGAAACUGCUCAGUGUCAGGAAAACCAGAACUUGUUGAUGAACUUGUUUUCAAAAUAUCAUCUCAUCAACGAGGCCUGGACACAGAAGCCCUGAGGAGGGAUCUGCAACAACCCUGAAGACAAGGAAAGAAAGCAUAGAAGUCUGUCCACACUGCAGUGGGAAUUCUUGAGUGAGGUCUUACCUCUUCUUUAAACCUCUUCAGGAGUGUCCUGAUUAUAUCCAGAAAUUUCCCUAAAGGCAGGGAUUCUUAACCUGGAUAGAAGCCAGGGGUAACCAUAAACUUGAUGGAAGAAAAUGUUACAUCUUUAUUUUCAGCAAUAAAACAACUUUAGCCUUACUCCCAAGUUAUAAAUGCUGGCAACAAAUCACAAUAGUAAAAGCAGUACCUGGGAUUUUCCCACCAAUACAAACCAGUUACAACAACUGUAAUGUAACAUAAAAAGGGCAUCUUGAAGUAUUGUUCAUAUUUGUCACCUCUUGGAAUGAUAGCAGAUCCUAUAAGUUGAUGUAUUAAUUAAAAAGCCCAUAUAUGACUACAGCUCAAUUUUGUUUCAAUUUAAUAUAUAGUAAUAAUUGUAAUUCA